CAAUUUUGAUGAUAACAUAGAAAUAAAAAAGAAAAUUUUUUUAAAUUAACUAGACACAUUAAUAAUUAUUAAAAUUGUUUAGACUUUACUCUUUAUUUCUUAAUGCUUUUGUAAAUUAUGAUGGUUGAUGGGAAGAGGAAGAAGGUACACAAUUUUCAGUUUUGAAACGUGAGAUUCGUUCGUCAUGGGUCGUUGGUGAAGGAAGGGUGUCCCAGGGGCCAGUGACGAGUAUUUAUUUCUCAUAAUCGUAUCUGAAAUUUUGUCGUUCGUUUUCACGCAAGGAGUUCGACACCUGCUACCAUUAAGAAGACCAUAUUUAUGAAUGGAAGGCGAUCAACUGGAUUUCGAAGACCCGUCUACAUCGUGCCUUGAAAAGAGUGACUCUACUAGCCAAAGUCCGACCAUGUGUCCUGUUGUAUUGGAUACAGCAGAAGAAGAACUGAUAGCAGAAGAAUCUGCACCAACCACAGAUUCAGAUGAAAUUGGAAUAGCUAACAUUGAAAUGAAAAAUGUAUUUAAUCUUCAUUUAGUUGAUAGUACAUGUACAGACCAAGAUAUUUAUUCCGAUGAGAGUCCUUUACCCGGUGAUUGGGUUAAUGAUGAUUGGACGGAUAAUCCUAGUGAACAAGAAGAUGCUUCUAAUUCUAAUGGUGUUAUGCGAAAACGAAAAAUAUCAAAUUCCACAUUAACGUCUGAAGAUUUUCCGUCCAAAAAACAAUAUUAUGAUCAAAACAAUUUGAAUCUUGAAAGACUGACGCCAAAAUUGGCUGAUACUGAAUUAGAUAAAAUUGAUAAAAUAAAGAUUCGUCGAAGUUGUAUACCGUCCAAAGAUGAUCCUCCUGAAGAAAUGAUGGAAUGGCUAAAAACUUUUUCGAAAUGGUCAAAUGCGGAAAGGAUGUUAGCUAUAGAUAUGUUGGUGGAUGAAUGUGAACCUACUCAAGUUCGCCAUAUGUUACAGCUUAUUGAACCACAGUUCCAACGAGACUUUAUUUCUCUACUUCCCAAAGAAUUGGCAUUAUAUGUUUUGUCAUAUUUGGAACCCAAAGACUUGUUAAAAGCAGCUCAAACAUGUCAUAGUUGGAGGUUUUUAUCUGAAGACAACUUACUAUGGCGUGAAAAGUGCCAAAACGUUAGUAUACCUUUGACGGAUCCGUCUACUAUUAAGUGUUCAAAAAAUCGCAGUGUUACCUCACCGUGGAAGUCUUCAUACAUGAGACACCAUGCAAUUGAAAUGAAUUGGAGAGUAAAACCAAUAAGAAUGCCAAUAAUACUCAAAGGCCAUGAUGAUCAUGUUAUUACAUGCUUACAAUUUUGUGGAAAUCAGGUUGUUAGUGGUUCUGAUGACAAUACACUUAAAGUUUGGUCAGUUCUAACUGGAAAAUGUUUGCGUACAUUGGUUGGGCAUACUGGUGGUGUAUGGUCAUCACAAAUGGCUGGUAAUGUAAUAAUUAGCGGUUCCACUGAUCGCACUUUAAAAGUCUGGAACGCAGAAACUGGUCAAUGUACACAUACAUUGUAUGGUCACACUUCAACAGUUCGUUGUAUGCAUUUACACGAAAAUAAAGUUGUAAGUGGAUCAAGGGAUGCAUCACUCAGGUUGUGGGAUAUUAAAACUGGUCAAUGCUUGUCUAUAUUCCUUGGUCAUCAGGCUGCUGUACGUUGUGUCCAAUAUGAUGGGCGAUUAAUAGUUAGUGGUGCUUAUGACUACCUAGUCAAAGUAUGGGAUGCAGAAAGUGAAAUUUGUUUACAUACAUUAUCUGGUCACACUAAUCGUGUAUAUUCUUUACAAUUUGAUAGUACUCAUGUUGUAAGUGGAUCUUUAGAUACUAGCAUAAGAGUAUGGGAUGUAGAGACUGGUACAUGUAAGCACACUUUAAUGGGACACCAAUCAUUAACAUCUGGUAUGGAGCUAAGAGAUAAUAUCUUAGUGUCUGGAAAUGCAGAUUCUACGGUCAAAGUAUGGGAUAUACUUACUGGGCAAUGCUUGCAGACGUUGUCGGGUUCAAAUAAACAUAAUUCUGCAGUUACAUGUUUACAAUUUAAUACUAGAUUUGUGGUAACCUCUUCCGAUGAUGGGACUGUGAAAUUGUGGGACGUAAAAACUGGUGAAUUUAUUAGAAAUCUAAUUGCACUAGAAAGUGGUGGUAGUGGUGGAGUUGUAUGGCGAAUACGUGCAAAUGAAACAAAGUUAGUAUGUGCAGUAGGCAGCCGCAAUGGCACCGAAGAAACCAAAUUAUUUGUAUUGGAUUUUGACGCUGACUACAAGUAACAUCAAAUAACAAAUUUAGUAGUUUGCAUCACAUUUUUUUAUUUGUGGUUUAAGGAGAGUUACGAAUAUUUGGGACUGUUAUACUUAAGUUAAAAGAUGUCCCUUAUAUAUUAUCAGUUAUCACAAAUUACCGUUAUCAUAAUGUUUCAGUAUUACCUAUGUUUUUUAUUAUUAUUAUUUAUAAAGGAGGGAAAUUAAAGUGGUUUCUGAUUGAUCUAGAAAGAUCUAUGGAGUGUUUUUUGUGAUUUAUAGCACAAUACAAUUAAGUUAUAGAUGAAUUUGCAUAUUAUUUUCUAGUCUGAAGCUAUAAUAAUCAUAGUUUGAUAUUCUGUGAGCCGAAUAAAUUGGUUAUUUUUUAUUAUUCCCAGUAUACUUUUUAAUAUGAUAUUUGAGAAAUAUUUGAGAUACAAAUUAUUAAAUAGUUUGAUAAUAUGUUGUGUAAAUUUGUAAUAAAACUUAACUAAAUACUAACUUUGAUACGUCAUACGUUAUACAUUUGUAUAUUACAGAACUUCCACCAAAAUGUUGUUAGUUUUUAAGUUAAGUUCUUUCUAUCUUGUUAGGAAACAAAUGAAAAUGUUAACUUAUCACAAAUUUGUAUGUUAGAAGCUUUAACUAAAAACAUUUCAAAAGUUCAUAGACUUAACUUUUAUUUCUUUGCAGAAUGGUUUUAAGAUUUUGUUCUUUGAUUUUCUUUAUUUUUAUUAUUAUUAUUAUUAUUACUAUAAAUUUUGUUAUUGAUAAAAAGUAUUGGUAUUUUUUUAACUCGCCAUAAGUGUUAAGUUGUGAGGAGGAGGAGAGUUUGAAUUUCAAGAUUCUGAUUUUCUUGAUGUAUUUUUCUAUUUUCUUCUUCCUGAUCUCAUAAGAAAAAAACAAUAAAUUAUAAUCUAUUCUAUGUAAUCCUUUUCUAAACAUUUAUUUAUAUUAUUUUUUUCAAAUUUUCAUUGUUCAACUAUGAUAAAAGAACUCUUAUGGUUAAUAAUUUCAUAAUUUAUUUUUGGUAAAAUUUAUUUCAAAAUAUAUACAGAGUAAUUCCCCAAGCAUGAUCGGAUCCCCAGAAUUCAAAAAUGUAGUAUUAAAUUAAAAAAUUAAGGUGAGUAUACUUGGUAAAUUUCCCUGUAUACAAAUAAUAGAACUAAAAACUAUGAUCUUUUUUUUUGUCUAAUUUUAUGACUUAAUCAAUUUUAAAUAACUUAUGAAAUAAAUCGGUAAAUCACUAGUUUUCAGGAAAAUAUUUUAUUGUAGCCCAUGCUUCAGAGUUAGCAUUCACCACUGGUAUAUAUAUAAUAUAAUCAUACCUUUUAUUUAAAAUAUUAUAGAGAAAUUAAUUAUAGUCGGUUUUGUUAUUACUAGACAGCAAUACUUUUACAAUUUGAAAUUUUUUUUUAUGUUUAUCAGUUUAUCAUAUUCAAAAACAAUGUAUAAUUUAAAAUGUAUUAUUUGCUUUUGGGUAUUUGAAGGUUAAUGGUGUUUGAAUUGGUGAGUUUAAAUAUUUUGCUAUCAAAACAAAAUAUUUGUUUGUAAAAAUUGAUGAUUUAUUUUACUAAUUACAAGCUAUGAAUACUAAAUAAUAGUUACCAAUUCGAUUUUUAAACUGAUAAAUACAAAUAGUUUUAUAUCUGCAAUCCUGUUUUGCUUAUAUUUGCACACAAUAGUGUCAUGUUUUGAAAAUUUAAACACAAAUAAAAAUAUUUUUCAGAAGUAUUAACACUGCUUAAUAGUGUGAAUAUCUAAAUUAUGAAGGCAUAGAUCUUACAUAAUAGGGUGUUUAAAAUAUUUUUUGGAAAGAAAAAUAUUUGUUAUCAAACAUGUUUAAUUAUAAUUUGUCUGAUAUGUCAUCUUCGUUGUAAAACAAAUAAUUGCUGAACUAUUUUAAUUAUUACUAGUAUAACAGUGGUUAAUGUAUCAGCUAUUUGAUUUGAUUAAAUUAAAACUUUUUAAAGAUCUCAAUUGAUUGUGGCUAAUUCCAGAAAUAAUGCAUACUAUUCAAAGAAUACUUUGACAUUUUUGUAGAUGGGAGAAGGGAACUUAAGAAAAUUAAGUGACUUAAGUGCAAUAAAAUUGUUUUCUUAAAUGAAUAUUUAAUAAUAUUGCUUUAAAUGUAAAUAUUAUGUAUCUUUAUUUUAUAAUUAAUAUUAAUUUAAUUUAAUGAUUAAAUUUGUUGAUUAUUAAUUAGACCAUUAAUUAUUUUCUGUAUGAAAAUAAUUAAGAACUUAUUAAUUACAAUGCUCAAUGUUGAUAGGAUGUAAAUAUUAUAUUAGUAAUAAUAUUAUUUAACUAUCAUGUCAUUGAUAAUUGUGUAAUAUUAUUAUUUCAAAUGAACAAAAUAACCAUAUUUUGUUUUGUAAGUGCCAAAAACUAGACUAUUUUGUGGUUAAUUUAUAUAACAAUCCCAUGUAAUUAAUAAUUACAAUGAUAUUGUGUCCACCUCAUAGAUAAUAAAAGAAAGGAUAGGCCAUUCUUAUAUUAAUGUACGAGGGGUUUGAGAGCCGGAAUGUGGAUGAGAGACAAACUGCUUUUAUAUGGUGUUUCUCACUCUAGCAAGUGAUCAUUAUUUUAUUAUAAGACCCCUUGUAACGUUCAUGCACGUGUGAUAAGAUGUCAUGGCCUAUCCAUUCUUUUAUUAUCUAUGGUCCACCUACCAUAUUCGUAGUUGCCAAUUGCAAUUUUGUAAUUAAUUAUUAUAAUUUUUUUUUUUGAUAAAAUCUUUUUCACUUGUUUCUGCCCUGAUAUGUCUUUUCCAUGACAUUUGAACCUGAUGUCUGGUUAAACAAAUUGUUGUUACCCGAUAUAAGUUUAAUUGUUCUAUAUAUUAAUUAAUGUAUUACCAUCAAAAUAGUUUCAGUUUAACUAUUAUUUUAUAUUUAUUGUUUUUGAAACAGUGACAAAUAAUAAAUGUGUAUUUUUUUUUAUUUUAUGUAAAUUAUAUUUGUUUAAUUAUUAGUUUUGUUGUUAUGGCUGCAUUAGUCACACAAACAAUAAACAUAGUAGUUCAACUACAUGCUAAAAAUAGUAAAAUUAUUCUUAGAACCUGUGAUUUAUUAAUUUACUUCUUUCUUCUUUUGUUAUAUUGAAACUCCACCAUAGAACUAUACUUUGUAGUUUUAUAUUUUGUUUGUGAAUAUAUUAUUAUAAAAUUAAAGUAACUUUAUACCAAUAGAUAUUUGUAAUAAAUAGUAAAUUAUUUUAAGUUACAGCUAAUGUUUAAGUAAUUCUGUUGUUAUUUAUUUUUCUCUUGUUUAUAGUCGUAUAUAAAAUUGUACGAUUUGCAUAUAAAAGUAAUAAAAAUGUUUGUAUGAAAAUAUAUAA